AUGGCCGCUCUUGACAUAUGCGCCUUCUCAUGCAAAGGCAUUGACAUCGGUAUCAAGAACUACCAGCCCUGGACGAACUGCAAAGCAGCUGCUGCAUUCCUCGUACCAUGGGUCGACCACAAAACCGUCAACAUGACUGAUCUCGUGACCUAUCUCCAGUCCUUUUGGCGGCACGGACGUUCCCGAGUACAAAGCGAUGAACUGGUUCUUCUGCGCAAAGGAGAUGAAAUGUGCGAGGUUUGGGAGUGGGAUGGUAAUGCGGACAUUGUCGGCAUUGGGAUGAUGUUUGUUUAUUUGAUGGGCGCUAUCCUUGCAAGCCUCUACGUCGCAUCAUUCUUGAGCAGCAUGUAUGUCGAGAAUGACUACACCACCUUCAAAACUCGAACACCGUCGAAGGAACAAACCUUUUGGGACAACAUCCGCAGCAUGUUUUACAAUAGCCUCGGUACGUUCCACACUGGUUUAGGCCUAUUGGCAGCUUCAGUCCUCCUCGCUACUCUCUUCAUCUGUGGUCGGAAGGAGAGCGUGUACGACAUUAACAUGUCACGACUCGCCUGUGCUGUUUUAACAGCAUCUUACUUCCUCACUCUUCCAAUUUACCUCGACAUUAAGAGGAAGAGCAUUUCUGGAUGCUUCAUGGGAUUACAUGGUAGAGUGCCCUUUGAGGCGAACUGUUGGGAUUCAAAGGCAUCGUUCAAAGCCAGUAGUGCACUAUUCGCCUUCCACUUUAUUCCAGCGGCGACUGCGAUGCUAGCCGGUUUGACGUACCUUGUCGGGAAGUGCACCAAGAGCUCGGCGGAAAAAGUACCCGUGCUAGGCUGGCUAUUCUUCCGUGUACCGUGGAGAAUUUUGAGUUCGGUCUUCUGUUUCAUCUUUAUGUGGACUGCUCUUGGAAGCCUUUUCACCCUUAGGGCAGACAUUGCGAGUGUAAAUGGUGGGGGAGUGCAGGAAUCAGAGGGAUCUUGGGGGUUUGGGCAGAUUUUGGCGCUUGCGACUUGGGUUCCUGUCGUGGAGGAGGCAAUUGUAAUUCUUUUCAAGAACGGUUUAUACGUGAACCAGCGACGAACAAAUAAGCAUUACAUUAGUGCUGAGGCACCUCCUGGGACAGACGAGGAAGAGGCGUUAGUCCCUGCGCAAACACCAAAUCAGGAAAUGGAGGCUCUGAGGGACAUGCCUUGA